AUGGUGGCAUCUUUCAAGCGCGGCAGCCGCCUCUGCCGGAUUUCGCCGCCUUUGCGCGGCUUCGUGCUGGAGGAGUUGCCGCGUGCUGGGCGGGGAAGAGCACUGCUUCCGGUCCUUGCGUCAACACCGAGGCACAGCUGCGAUUUCGAGUGCCUUAGACUGGCAGACCAGGGCACCUCUGGAGGCUUCUUGCACAUCAACGCUACUGUUGGCCCUGGUGAUCUCCCUGCCGACAGCAGGGGCGCUUGGCUGGUGGUACAGGCGUUGGCCUCAGCCGCUGCCGAUGCCUCCGGCACUUCAGGCGGCCGGUGUUUUUGCACACCCAUCCUUGCGCCGGCAGCACCAAGGUGUAGCAGGUGCUGGGUUGGUGAUCACCAGCCCUGUCGGCGCCGGUUCAGUGUUGCUGCGGGUACCCCGGUCUGCCGUAUUGUCCGGCACCAUGGCGACGCUUGGCAACGUGUGCUCGGUUGCCAUGAUUUGGCGCCAGACGUGGCCCUUCUGGCACUGCUUGCAGAGGCCAGGCGGGCUGCCGAGAAGGGCGAAGAUUUGUUGGGACUGAAGGAAUAUCUUCUUUCGAUCCCCGCCGACUUCCCGAUGGUUCCGCUAACUUUUUCGGAGGAGGAUGUGGACUUACACUUGCGGGGUUCAUCCCUGCUUCUGGCAUUGGCUGCGCAAAAUGGGCAGCUUGAGGAGGAGCAGAAGGUGGCUCUGGAACAUUUACCGCAGUUGACCGCGCCGUGGAGCAUCGACCGCCUGCGCUGGGCGAAGGCGGCCUUGCUCACCAGGGCUGGCCCAUGCUUUUCUGCCUCGACCGGUGAGGAAGCUGAAGCGAUGCAAGGCAUUGUGCCGCUGGUGGAUUUCGCGAAUUGUUCUGCAGAUCCCACGGCCCGAUGUCGGGUCGGCACGGAUGAUUCCAUCGAACUGGUGGCUGCACGCGACUUGCAGGCCGGCGAAGCAGUGACGAUCAGCUACGGCCAGCAAAGCCAGGAGCAGCAGAUCUUCAAUUUUGGUUUCGCGUUGGAUUCGUCCUCCAUGGACCUGCUCACACCUCUUGCCAUGGUCGUCCCACCGGAGGUUACGACGGCGGUUGAGCUUCGCAGCGUGCUGCUGAAGUUCCUGUUUCUGGAGCGCGGUGAGCAAGCAGAUGGGCUGGGAGGAGACCUGCCGCCGGUGGCGCUGCUGCGCGCCAGGUCUCUUGAAGAGAUUGACGUGUCCGAGAUGCGCGCUGUCGCGAACUUGCUGGAGAUGCCCGAAGCGGAACUGCGCUCUGUGGCCGACCAUGUCAAGAGCCAGCAGGUGCUUCCUGCAUCGCUAAAGGCGAAAGCCUCGCCGGCUGCUUUGCGGCGGUUGCUGGUGCUGCUGGAUGCAUGGCACGAG